UUCGACCUCUCUUUUUGAUAGUCAGUUGAGCUUCUGUGAGCUCUAGCGUUUAGCUAGCUAGCUAGCUCCAUCUUUUCGACAAUGCAGGGCGCAACAGGUUUCUAGCUAAUGCUAACGUAUUAUUAUUAGCUAGCUAGUUAGUCAGCUGGUUAAUGAUUAGCUAGUUUGUAUCAACAUUGUUUGAACAACUGCAUGUAGAAGACAUCACAGCUAAAUUACAUAUCCACAACUUCACAAGCAUACGGGGAGAACAACUAAAAAUAGGAAGUCCUCUGUUGACAUCACUUCCUGUCUGCGGCGGCUAUGUCGUGCCGGGACAUCCACGCCACCAAUGCCUUCUCCUUUAUCAUCGCCUUCAUCUCCGUGGGCGGCAUCGCUGUGGCGACGCUGAUCCCACAGUGGCGAGUGACACGACUUGUCACCUUCAACAAAAACGCCAAGAACAUCAGCGUCUACGACGGCCUGUGGGCCAAGUGUGUGAAACAAGAUGGCUACUCUGGCUGCUACUACUACGACUCAGAGUGGUAUUCUAAAGUGGACCAGUUGGACCUGAGACUGCUCCAGUUCUGCCUGCCGACUGGGCUACUGUUUGGCUCCCUGGCCCUGGUGCUGUGUAUGGCAGGCAUGUCUAAGACCUGCUGCUGCUCUGAUAAGCCUGAGGCAGACAUCAAGAGUACCCGCUGUCUGGUCAACAGCGCAGGCUGCCACCUAGUGGCUGGGAUGUUCCUGUUCCUGGGCGGGGCCAUCGCCCUGGCGCCGUCCGUGUGGUUCUUGUUCCGGACCAAGGAGAUGAACAUCAAGUACGACCGCAUCUUCUCCGACGGGUUCGCGGUCUACGUGGCCAUCGGCUGUUCCGGCGGCCUCAUGCUCGCCGCCCUGCUGAUGUUCAUGUGGUACUGCAUGUGUAAGAAGCUGCCCUCUCCCUUCUGGCUGCCUCUACCCACCCUCCCCAACUCCCUCUCCACCCAGCCCCUCACCGCCAACGGUUACCCCCCCUCCCCCGUCUAUGGCCCCCCUCAGACCUUCCCUCCACAGGGAUACGCCCCCACUGUGAUGGAUGCCCAGCCCUACGCGCCCUCCCAGGGCUACCCUCAGAGCGUAGCCCCCCCUGCCCUGCAGCCCCAGCAAGUCUAUUUGUCCCAGAUGUCAGCCCCGGAUGGGUAUGGGUCAGAGAUGGGGGUGAACCAGGCUUACAGCUACGCCCCGUCCCAGAGUUAUGCCCCCUCUCAGGUGGGCUACGCCCCCAGCUACGUAGGCCACCGCUACUCAACACGCUCACGCAUGUCUGGCAUAGAGAUAGACAUCCCUGUUCUAACUCAAGGCCUCUGAGGGAGGGAGAGAGGGCUGAUGCAAGAACACUGAGUCCUGGUUCCGUUUAGCUGUCCUGGCCCCUGUAAAGGGUGUGUACAGUCAGUGCAAUAAGAAUGAAGGAUAUGACUGUUGGUCAGUCUGCACUAGAAAUACAACUCUGUCACUCAACCAUCACUGCACUGCUAGACACAGUUUAGUAUUAUGGCUUGUGUUCAGGCUCCACAUCUGGUGAAAGGACACCAGAGAUGCCCAACAAUGAAGUCUGAAUUCACUAUUACGUUUUGAUUGAAAACAAUAUUGUCUAAUCACACCUAUUUGUACAUCUCUUCUCAAUGUUAAUCUGCUUGAAACCUCUUAGAAUUUCUACACUGUAUACGGUGUUCACUAAUAUUUAAACCACUAAGAAAUGAACAAAACUUAACUUUAACCAUAAGGUAAGUUGAUGUAGGAGGUAAAAGAGAGACACUAACUGACUAAUGUGCUGAUGUCUUUAUGUUGUGCCGGUGUUGUUUAAUGAGUGUUGUUCAUAUUGUUGGUCUGUGAAGCAGCACAUUACUGCAGUGCCUUGUCAGAACAGCCAUAUUACGUUGCUUAGUUAUCCUGUGUUUGUUGUACUAAUGCUGAGAAUACUUUUGUAUGCUAGUUUUAUACACAUGCUGUUGUUUUUGGGCUUUGGAGAUAUUAUAAUAUGCUGUAACGUGAGAUGACAAGGGAAUGUCCAAAUGACUCGCAUCCUGUUUACCCAUCAACAGUACAGCAGCGGCUCUAAGGCCAUUACUUUUUAUAUGUAGACAUAAAUUAGAUCAUUUUGUAUCUAAUUCACAUAUCAUGAUGCCACUGUAUAUCAAUCAAAUGUAUAAAGCCCUUUUUACAUGUCACAAAGUGCUAUAUCAUGAAGGUAGUUGUUGAACUCAGUGUCCUUAUAGUGUGUCCUCUGUUAGAGUGCCUGGGCGAUAUGAUUGGACCAGAACACAUACUGCUGCUCUGUGCCUCUGACUGCUACUCAGACCAUAGGAACGUCAAAACCAAAAUCUUAUUUUAGCUCCGGUACAGUGCCAUCAUCUGUCGUCUGUUCUUUUUGUUACAUUGUAAGAGUCUACACUGAGCUGUGUAAGCUAACGUCGAGCUACUCUUGUUUCCGCUUCAUUCAUCCACUACUGUCAUUGAUUUCACAUGAAGGGGAGGGGUGGGUACACUACACUGUAACAUCACAUUCCAUUGGCUAUGCUGGCUCUAAAAUGGUAGAACACUGACAAUGCACUGGGCUUUUUAUGAUUCUACAAUCUAAAGAGGAUUCUGUGAUUUAUGUUCCAUUCUACCCUAAACACUAGUUUCUUAUAUACCAAACUGUCCUCUAACUCAUGUGUUGACUUCAUCUUAAAUACCCUUUGUAUCAGCUGUAACGUAUCCGACAUGCUCUCUCUGUUGCAGUACUGUAUGUAAAGUCUAAUGUUCUUAUCUCUAUGUAAAAUAUAUUUGUUCACCGGACCUUUUUCUCUAUAAAACUUUAAUCUAAUUAAACUGUA